UCUCGCGACACACGAGACGCCGGGAGAGGCGACGCUGGAGGCACACCUACCGGCAGUCGGGCGGGAGCAGCCGGACGGCGGUGGCGAGGGCGGGUGUUUCUGGGCACGAUGCCGUCCGCCUUCUCAGUCACCUCCUUCCCCGACAGCAUUCCCGCCGUCAUCACGCAGACAGACUGGACGGAGCCCUGGCUCCUCGGCCUGGUCGUCUUCCACGCGCUCUGCCUGCUGCUCACGUGCGUGUCCUCCCGGCGGUACAAACUGCAGGUCGGGCACUUCCUGUGCCUCGUAACCUUGGUCUAUUGUGCUGAGUACAUCAAUGAAGUGGCCGCCAUGAACUGGAGGUCGUUUUCGAAAUACCAGUAUUUCGAUUCGAGGGGGAUGUUCAUUUCACUGGUCUUUUCGGCGCCAUUGCUCCUCAACGCCAUGAUCAUUGUGAUCAUGUGGGUCCGGAAGACACUGACUGUGAUGGCCGACCUCAAGGCCCUGCAGCAGAAGGUGAAGGAGAGGAGGAAGAGGAGGAAGGAGGAGUAGUGCACAGCAGCCGCCGCGUUCCUGAGCGCUUUCCUGCUGCCAUCGUGAGAACUAAGUGCUGGCGUGGCAGGCCCGUUCCAGCAGCCACUGUCAUUUGUAAAGAUGGUUUUCCUCGCGA